UUAGUGCACACACUGUUACACUAGCCUGUCAGGUGGAAGCUUGAGCAGCACUCAAACAGACACAGAAGUCUGCUGGAUCAAAUCAGAUACAGCUAAAAAAUCAUUUCAACUCAGAAUGGUCCGAAUAGAGUGUUUGGGAUUUUUUGAUGCAACGCUGGCCUUCGUCUUCAUGUGCUCCGUCACGGGCUUGUUGCUGAUGGAUCAACGCAGAGAUGCAGAGGAUGACCAGGAGCUCAACAAAGCUAUUUUGGAAAUGCUACAUAUCAAUAAAGUGUCAGCGAGCCAUCAGGCCAAACCACACCCUUACAUGAGGAGGAUUUAUCAGCAUCUGGACUCACUGGAGGCUCAAGACUUUGGGAGAUCAGAUGGAACACUGGUGCAGAGUUUUCGGAGCUUUGACGGUCCACCCGAUGCUCCUCAGGGAUGGAUCUGGUUCAACAUCAGUGGCCUCAACCCGUCUAUGCUGGGAGCCGAGCUGGUUCUGUUCAGAAAAACCCUUCAUCCUCGUCCCCUCAGUGUGACCGUCACCCUCCACAGUGUCGUCGCUUCACAGGGAAAUCUGAAUGAAAGUCCUGCCCUGGAGGAGAGACAGCUGACCCUGGACCAGCGGCCCUCCUCUGGCUAUGAUGUGUUUGAUGUGUCAGCUGUUCUGGCUGUGAAGCCCCUGGAGGUGGUGGGCUUUCAGCUGCGCUACACGGAUGAGAGCGGGAGUCUGGUGCUCCACGAUGCGCUCACACAGAGUCUGUACUGUCUGAGCAGAGGCUCCCUGAGUGAACCCUUACUGGUGCUUUACCAGGCACAUCCUCUGCAGAUCUGACUGUCACUGGGACCACAGCGUUAGAAUGACAUGUGAAGCUGAUAUCUUUCUGUCAGAACCUAUUUAACCCAUUCAUUCACCUCCAAUAUGGUGAAUAUAUUUCACUAUGUAUUAGCUUAAACUAACCAAGGCGAUGAGGAUAAAACAGUGAGGCUGGAACGGUGUAACUUUGACACAAAAUAAACUUCUCAAAUUACA